AUGCCCGGCCUCGUCAUAGCUCUGGCCGAGGCCAACUGCUGCAGAGUUCUGCUAGGUGUCUUUGGCAACUCUUGGUCAGGAGAGAAGGCAAGCUCAGAAUCCCGGAAGAACGUCGAGGUCGUGAACAGCUGCGCCAGCUGCAACAGCCAAGCUUGUGAUGCUAUUGUAGCCCGUUGCCAGGAGAAGCACCUUAACAUGGAGGUUCACAGCAACGGGUCAACUCCAGUUCAUCCGGACGCUGAUCCAUCAACCAAUUUCGCAGUGCCUCCCUUGGGAGCUUAUCCCCAGCCAGCGUGGCCACAAGUGCCUUUGGAUCCGGGACUAGGCAUAGAAGCGGCUGCAUUUGCACAGCCGGCAGUUCCUGCAGCUCCGGAGCGCCCAGCGCAGUUUGCGCAGUGGCAGCAACAGCAACAGCAGGAGCAACAUCAGAGGGACCUGGAAAGGCAAAAGCGAGAAGAGGAAGAAUUGAAGCAGGAACUGCAACAGCAGCUGCUUCAACAGCAAGCCAAAGCAGAGGAGGCUGCCCGCGAGGCCGAGCGCCGCGCGGCCGAGGCCGAGGCCGAGCGCUUGGCCGCUGAGGCCAGGGCCGAGGAAGAACGCCUCCAGGCAGAGAAGGCGGAGAGGGAGCGCCAGGAGCGCCAGGAGGCUGAGGAGAGAGCGAAGGAUGCCGAGAGGCAGCGCAUACUACAAAUGUGGCAGCAGGAAGCCACGGGCCAGGAUGAGCAGUUGCGAACGCAGCAGUCCAUGGGAAGCCAGCUGCCAGCACACUUCUGGGGCCUCCCCGCGCAGAGUACACCGACACUGCCUUCGUUUCCACAAGGUCACCUUCAGCAGUUCAUGGACCAGCAAGCAGCGACGAUGACGUCUCCACAGCAGCUCAACGCACACCAGCCGUUUGCGCCACACCUGGUCCCCCCGCACUGGCAGCAGCAGCAGCAGCAGCAGCAGAACCUGGCUGCAACACCUGGACAACAUCCAGCAGGUAGCUCUUCAACGCAGCGCCAGCCUGCUGAGGAGCAGGAUCGUGACGACCUGACAGAGGCCUCAGAACCGGGCGCCUCACCGCAGGUUCCAGACAAUGAUGACGCCGAUACCGAGGCGCCAACGGAGGAGUCUGACUACGAUCCUUUCACCAGUGCGGCGAACGCAGCGCAGGCGUCCCAUCCGCCAGCACGCGAGAAGGAGUACAACCCCUUCGAACAAGCCGAGAGGGAUGCUGCAGCCGCAGAGGAGGACGAGGAUGAUGAGGGAACUUUCGAAUCCCUCAUUGAACUUCUCCGCGCAGCAGAAACUGGGGGCAACUCCGCCUCAUCCAGGUCCGCUGACCCUACGCCCACGCCGCAGGCGGCACGGGAGGCACGGCCGAUGGACACAGGCGAAGAGCACUUUGCAAAGGCCAAAGCAAAGCCCAAGACGGAGUACCAUUUCAACCAGGCAACUCAGCGGUGGGAGCCGAAGGCGGCGCCGCCAUCUCCUCCGAAGCCGGAACCAUUCCGCCCUGGUCCAGCAAUGCCGCGGCACAGGCCACAGUACCAACAGCAAGUGGUGCCACCACGGCCGAUGACGCCGCAAGUACAGGCACCACCGCGCAGGUUGGUGAUCGCUGAGUGCGAGGCGGAAGCGCGUGUGGACGCUGCGAGCGGCAGUUGCAGUCUGGCGCAGGCCCUUGCUGUGCGCUUGGCCCUGCGCUUCGAGUCCAGACCAAAGGAUAUACUGGUCAGCAUGAGCGAAGCCGGCCUACCUGCGGCUAAAGACCAGCGCUCCACGGUAAAGACCAUUAUGCGGCUUUGCCACCCCGACAAGUGUAAGCAUCCGGAGGCCAAGCGAGCUAUGCAGAUCUUGGGCCCUCUGCUGUCCUGA